UCUGCUGUGUGAUUCGCCUUCUCUGGGAUCUGCAAGCAUAGUCUGUUCAUGAUGAUGCCAAAUAGGAAGCUCUUCUAUAUUUUGAUUAUUUAUUUAUUAUGGAUUAGUAUUUUAAUUGUUGUGUUUUAUGUUUGAUGCGCAGCACUUUAUUGCAGCUUUGUAGUUAAAGUGCUCUCGAAAGAAGGUUGAGUUGAUUAGAGAGUUGUAGAUACCACACAAGCCAAUGAGGGCAUUGUUGCUUCAGUUGAUGAUGUCGGGUCAAGUUGAUUUGGAUAGUCCUUAAUCACCAAAAGGGAAUCACAGGGCCACAGUUCACAGUGAUCAAUGACAUCUCGUCCUCCCAUGGUCUCAACCUUCCUGUCAAGUUCAGCAUUGUCAUGUGCCUCCCCCCCCCACAAAAGGUUUUCAUCUUUCUUACUUGAUAUGUGGGCAUAUUCCAACAUCAUAAUGGCUCAAUUUGGGGGUUAAGGGAGAGUGGGAAAUAGUGUUCACACAUUGGUUGCCACAGAUAAAACCUGAUAAUCCAUUUAGAAUCUCUUGACUGUUCAAUAGAUGACUAAACACAACGGCAUGACUCCCAUUAUCAAUGCAAGAGCCCAACAUUGAUUUAAUUAUAAGGGUCACCAUCAGGUUUGUGCGCGCGCGCGUGUGUGUGUGUGUGUGUGUGUGUACUUACAUUGUACGGCUGAGCGUACGUAAUAACAAAGCUACACUCGGUGUCCAAAUCACACUUGACACCUUGAGAUGGCAGAAACGGAAAAACGUAGCCUUUCCCAACACUUCCUAUAGCAGCCGUGUCAAGGAUGAAAAGCAGAAGUCCUGCGAUCAAAGUGCUCCGACUGACACGGUGAUAAUAGUUCAGACAAGACCGCAGAGAAGAACUGGGAAAGAGAUUAGCGGACACUCUUGCGGGUCAGUCUUUGCUGAGGGGAUGAAAGCUGAUUUGAGAAGACGAGGGCACACACGCCUCCUCAUUCAGUUGUGGGAGAGCAGUCAGUGUUGGGACCUGAAAACCAGGAUGAGGAGCAACACGGACACCAAGAGAGACAGCUCGCCACUCAAACAGAGCAGCAAGUCGGCCAACUCCAGCCCCGCACCCCGGACCUCCCACAAACUGACGGAGGGUGCCAAGAUUGAGGAGAACCACUCCACAGUAGAACUGGACUCCGUGGCAACCAAACCGCAGGAUGCCCACAUACCCACGGCUAACGGGUUGCUAACACAGAUGGAGCAGGAGAAGGAGGUGGAGAAACAGGCGUGCAACAUUGAAAAUGGCAGAAUAGAGAGCUCGGAGCUGGUCAAUGGAGAUAUGGGACUCACAGACAGAAGGGACGAGGACUCGAGUUCACGCACUGACAGGACUGGUUCAGAAAGCUCCCAUGAGUAUGAGGAGAGUGGGACUAACACAGAACAGGACCAUGCAAAAGAAGAGGCGAGCACAGAGCAGAAGGAGACAAAUGAGCAGAAACUGUUUAAGAUUGCCAGUGAGCUCUUGCAUACGGAGAAGGCCUACGUGACUCGUCUCAACUUGCUGGAUCAGGAAUUUUGUGCCAAACUCAUGGAGGAGGCAAAUAAAGGAACAUUUCCCGUGGAUGUGGUGAAAAACAUCUUCUCCAACAUCUCCUCAAUCAACACUUUUCACAGUCAGUUUUUGCUUCCUGACUUAGAGACACGGAUGGGAGAAUGGGAGUCCACACCUCGCAUUGGGGAUAUCCUCCAGAAGCUCACACCCUUCCUCAAAAUGUACGCAGAGUAUGUGAAGAACUUUGACAAGGCCAUGGAGCUGCUGAAACAGUGGAGCGACCGAUCGCCGCAGUUCAAGUCCAUCAUUCAGGAGAUUCAGAGUCAAGAGGCUUGUGGCAGCCUUACACUUCAACAUCACAUGUUGGAGCCCGUACAGAGAGUCCCUCGAUACGAGAUGCUCCUCAAGGACUACCUGAAGAAACUUCCUCAAGAUGACCCUGACAGACGGGAUGCGGAAAAAUCCUUAGAAAUCAUCGCCAUGGCAGCGACUCACUCCAACAGCGCCAUUCGGAAAUCUGAGAAUCUGAAGAAAUUGAUGGAGAUUUACGAGAUGCUCGGUGAGGAGGAGGACAUCGUUCAUGCCUCGAACGAGUUCAUCAAAGAAGGUCACAUCCUGAAGCUGGCAGCCAGGAACACCUCGGCCAUGGAGCGAUACCUCUUCCUGUUCAACAACAUGCUAUUGUACUGCGUGCCCAAAUUCAGCCUCGGGGGACCCAAGUACACAGUUAGGACGCGGAUCGGCAUUGACGGCAUGAAAGUUCUGGAAACCACCAAUGAGGACUAUCCUCACACCUUCCAGGUUUCAGGCAAGGAGAGAACUUUAGAGCUACAAGCCAGCUCCGAGCAGGACAAGGCGGGCUGGAUUAAGGCAUUCCGAGAGACCAUUGAGGUCUUCCAGCAAAAAAACGAGUCGUUCAAGAAUGCGUCCAAGGAUGUGGAGGAGGUAUCGAAUGCCGAGUUGGGGAAGCGUGCUCCUCGCUGGAUACGAGACAACGAAGUGACGAUGUGCAUGAAAUGUAAAGAACCUUUCAACGCCCUCACGAGACGGCGACAUCACUGCAGAGCUUGUGGCUACGUGGUGUGCUGGAAAUGCUCGGACAACAAGGUGCCGCUGGAGUACGACGGCAACAAAGUGAACAAAGUCUGCAGGGACUGUUUCUCCAUCCUGACAGGAGAAACCAUCGCUGAGGGCAAGAAGAAAGGCAUCCUGGAGAUCGAGGCGGCUCAGUUCACAGGCAACAGCAUCAUGUGUGGCUUCCUGCAGUACUGCGAGAAGAACAAACCCUGGCAGAAGGUGUGGUGUGUCAUCCCUGAGAAGGAGUGUCUGGUGCUCUACCUCUACGGAGCUCCUCAGGACGUGAGGGCCCAGAGCACCAUCCCUCUGCUCGGCUACUCGGUGGACGACAGCAGCCGCCCGGCGGAGCCCCAAGCCGGUUUCCGCCUGUCGCAGUCCAAGUCCGUCCACAACUUCGCCGCCGAGAGCGAGGAGCUCAAGCAGCGCUGGCUCAAAGCGAUCCGUGUGGCCGUGAUGGGUGAGGUGCCCGAGCGCCCUCACACCAACGGCGGCCACGCGGCUGACGGCGCCGCGCGGGAAGCGGCCUCGGACAGCUCGUGAGGAUGCAGAGACUUUGUCUCCGGUUUGUGGGACGGAGUUCACAAACACUUCCUCUGUUUGCUGGGCCAAAAAGGACAACGCAAGUGCUGAAUGAAUUGCCUUUUUUCCCUCCCCACACUUUUGAUCUUGAAUGACUUCCAGAGCUGCGCUGGAUUACUAAAAGAACACUCGGACUAAAAUGCUCUCUGUGUCAGCGUUCCCUUGAGCCUGUGGACUUGCACCAUCUGUACAGUGUAAAUGUCUGUUUCUAAAAGAAUUUUUUUUUUUCAGCGCCCCACCUUGUUUUGAUAGCGUAGAAAAAGACCAGACAACCUGAUAGAAAUUGUCAGUAUUCUCCCUUUUUUUUUUUUUAUUAACCGCGAAGACGAUAAUGGCGUCCGUCACACUCACAUUGGCUCGUCUGAGUAAAGCCACGGAAUAAUAAAUAGGUAGUUAUUCUACACGGAGCAUCUUGCUGGGCUGCUGUGAAAUCAGUUAGCAUACACUGCAUAUUUAAUACAGACAAUUAAAGUCCCUUCACAAAAAAAGGUAAAUCGAUUGCGCUCCAGCCCAGAUAUAUAAAGCUUUUAAUACAAAAUAAAAACUGCUGUAAUUACACUAUUAUUAUCAAUAAUAAUAAUGGUGAAGUAGAAGUCAGCUGUGAUAGGCUCCCGCGACCGCAAUGAUGACACGCAGGAAGAAAAUUAAUAGGUAAGUCCAAAUCAAAUAAUUACAUUGGCUCCCUAAUUAAACUUCCUCCACUUUUCCCGUAGUAUAGGAGCCUCCAUGUGAAGUCAAUCAUGUAAACGAAAUAAAUACCCUUUGGGUAGAAUGCUGUACCAUUUUUUGUUUGCUAAUCAAAACAGGAGCCGCGUUUCGGUGCUGAACAACGAUGAGAGCUAACGGCCUCGGCCACAGGUCACGUGCCGGACUGAAUGGUUCAACUAAUGACUGUAGUCUGCAUAGAGCAGCUUCUCUCUUUAGACUCAAAUGCACAAUCAGAUGUUAACAAGCUCGUGCAAGAAUUGUAAAUGUGACUUUUAAUUGGUUUUGUUUUUUAUUAAUGCUGUAAGUAAUUGUAUUAUUUAAAGAGCUGUUGGAAAGUAGCACAAAUUUGUCUCUGGUGGAGUUUAAAAAAAAAAAAAAAAAAAAAAAUCCUCCAUCAAUCCAUUUUCUUCCGGUUAUCCGAGGUCGGGUUGCGGUGGCGCUAGAUUUCGAAAUACCUCACCAGGGAGGCGUCCUAAUUUUGUCAGGUGUUCUUUCGUGAGACAACAUGCAGUGGACGUUGCCGACAAGUUUGAUCUUUUGAAAACACCUCCUCAGUAUCCCUAUGAAAUAAAAGCACAAAGCUUCCAACUGUGUGCAGGUUCCGAAUGUACAGCCAACAUUUAUUUGUAUCCUCGCAUCCCCUCACUCCCAAACGUUUGAGAAGUGUACAACUGCAUUAAAUAUUAUUUAUGUUGA